AUGGCAACAAAUGGCGAUGCUGGUCGAGCAUCGGGAAGCCUGGUCGAUGCAUCAGGCUACAAAUUCACCGAGAAGGAUACCAAGCCCGGGAAGAUGAAGGUGAAGAAGACGUCCAAGGCAUCGACAAAGAAAAAGGCAGACGAUUCUAAAGAUGGCCCUGUUGAUUCCUCGCCGACCUCCUCCCCGCUUCCUAAACUGGACAACAAGGUCGCUGCCUCGUUCCCGACCGGCAAGCCUCGCGAGGAGGACCUCCUCGAAACAGUCAUUUGCAAACACUGCAAGCGGCCCAUCCUCAAAUCUACCGCCACAGAACAUAUCCGCGGCUGCCUGAAGGCCAAGCAAGAGAAGGCGCGCAAGAAGAAGGAGGCACGCGACGCGGCCAACCGCGCAAAGGCAGCCGACGGCAAGGACGACGACGAUGUGCUUGACAAGCUUGACGGCGACGACGCGAUGAAGGGGCAAAAGAGCGCCAAGAAGAGCGCGGUCAAGGGCACCGCCGAAGACGGCACAAAGAAGGGCAAGAAGCGCAAGGCCGACGAGGACGACAACAAGGAGCCCAAGAAAAAGAAGAAGAAGGAUGAGCCGAAGGCCAAGGCCGCAAAGCCCAAGGGCCCUGUUGAUGUGGAGAAGCAGUGCGGCGUGACUCUGCCCAACGGUGCGCAGUGCGCGCGCUCGUUGACCUGCAAGAGCCAUUCCAUGGGCGCCAAGCGUGCCGUGCCUGGUCGGUCGUUGCCGUAUGAUAUGCUGCUGCAGCAGUAUCAGAAGAAGAACCAGGCCAAGCAGCAGAGAGCUGCGAUCGAUGCCAAUGCCCCGCUACCCGAAGAUAUCGACACGAAUGGCCCAGUUGACUCGGACGAAGAGCGAGACGCUAUCAUGGCCGCGAUCGCCCGAUCCGCGCCAAAGCCGCUAGCCAAGCACACCCUGAUCAGUUCAAAGUCCAAGUACCGCUUCGUCCGCAUCAAGGAACAAAUGCUGCACGCAAUGGGGGGACGAGGGGGCGCAGGACUGUUUUCAACUGACGAGAGCCAGCCAUUGUUUGGCGGCGAUAUCUUCCAGCCCUUCGACACCGACAUGGGUGCGUCGUCGUCCCCCGUCAUUCCUGGUGGCGAGCCUGGCGAUGCAUCAGCUGGCGGCGAUGGGUCCAGGAAAACACCUGUGCAGGCCUCUCGCAAGAACCCCAUAGCGGUGGCCUCGUAA